AUGUUCGCGCUCGGCCAAAUCUCGUCCGUCCGUCUGAAGUCUCGGCCAAAGUCCAAAACCGUCGGCCGAUCACGCAAGUCACGACCCGGGAAACUAUUGCCCGCGGUCGGCCACGCCACGCCACGACCGCGCACGACCAAAGCGCGCGAGCCGGGAAACGCCUCGCGGCCGCGCAACUCAUCCGCGUACCACGGCCGAUGCGCCGUCCGAGCCGGGAAACUACGUCCCGCGUCCGGCCGAGAUUUCAUCGGCCAAAUCUCACCCUCCGACCACGCCGGCCGACCACGCAUCCGUCCGACCCCGACCGUUCCGACUCGGCCACAACCCGAUUGUCCGGCCGAUCGUCCCGCACGACCGUCCCAACGCCGCGGUCGACCCGAAGCCCUUUUUGAAGCCCAAACUUAUGUUUUCAAGCCCGGCUUAACCCUAGCCGCCUCUAGAAAGACCUAG